AUGGCAACUCCUCCGCAAUCGUCGUCUUCGUCUACGAGUUGGUCGUCGUGGUCAGCGUCCAGUGUCAAGAAUCAUGAACCGCUGCUCCGGAUAGGCGUCGUCGGUGGAGGUAUUGCUGGGCUUACCUUAGCACAAUUACUUCAUGGCACGCCGAAUGUCCAAGUGACGGUAUACGAAAGGAGUUUCGAAGCUGUGGAUCGGUUGUGUGGAUAUCGUGUUAUGCUUUCCUAUUUCGUCUUGCAGAAUCUGCAAGCUACUCUCAGGAGAGAGGUUUGGACAAGAGUUGCCGCCAGCAUUGGGAUACAGCCACAAGGGGGACAGGAACUACAGUUCAUGAAGAGUUCCGGAACUCAAAUGUUUACUUUCGACAACGAAGAGAUGCGAGACUCCUUCUCCGUCUCCCGCUGGCCAUUGAGAAAAGCCCUUCUAUAUGGGUACGAAGACUUCGUCAAAUUUGGAAAAGUCUUCCAGCGCUAUGAACGGCUACGAAGUAACGCAAUCAAGAUCCAUUUCGAGGAUAGAAGUACGGAUGAGUGUGAUUUACUUAUUGGGGCAGAUGGUGCGGGGUCGAGGGUUAGGAGGCAACUUAUACCUGAGGCGAGGGUGACGGAGACGGAUCUUGCGGUUAUUUAUUUCAAAAUUCCAUUGACGCCUGAUACAAAGGAUUUGUUGCCGACGAACUCGGCUUCUAUGGUAUUUACUCAGAAGAACCAGAAUAUUAUGGUUCACUCUUGGAUUAAUCCGCGCAAGAUGUGGGCAACGAAAUUCGAUGAUUUCGACAUCAGCAACGAAGAAUCUUUCAUAAUGUUCGGACACGGCGGUCCAGUCCGCGAAUUCAUUAACAAAUCCAAACCGCCCACCAGUCUCUCUUCCGCAGAAUUGAAAACAGAAAUCAUAGCUAGAGUGAAAGCCGAUCCGAAAAUCGAUCCCAAGUUCGUUGCUCUGGCCGAGCAUUGUGUUCUCAAUACGUCGUAUGUCCACGCUGUGAGGGAUUGUCAGGCUGUUAAAAAGUGGGAUACAGGUUCAGUGACUUUGAUGGGUGAUGCUGUUUUUAAUAUUUCUACAAUGUUGGGCAAGGGAGCAAAUUGCGCACUUCUCGACGCCGUUGAUUUAGCGGAGACGCUGCGAAGACCAGACAUGCUCAAUCCAUCAAAACGACGCAUCGAGCUACGAAAACGUGCAGAGGAAAAUGUCAAGAGGAGGAUGAAGGAGAGACAGCGGGCUGCGUUGAUACAGAAUUUGGUGUACUUUGGCGAUAAUAAGUUGAAGGAGUUCUGUCGUGAUCAAGGGUUGAAGAUGGCUUUUGAUUGGAUUGAUGACACGAGUUCCAUCAUACCUCAUGAGAGAUGA